UUGGCGGUACGGAUCGUCAAGAACGGGGGUGAUACGAACUUGUUGGAGGCCAAGUCGAGUGGAGGACUCAAGAACUAUGUCAAGAGUUGGCUAGGUGGUGGUGGCGAGUCAGAGGAGGCUCCCAAGGAAGAAGAAGAAUCGCCCGUUGAUUCCGUUCUCGUCGUCAUCGGAAAUGGUGGGGGACGACCCGAUGCAGUGUCAGGUCCAUGUGCGGCCGCUCUCGGAUAUCACGUCGGACCGGUUACUCGAGUAUUUGGAGGUGUGGAAGGGAAGGUGGAAGAAGGUGGUUGGGAUGCGGCCUACUGGAUGGACGUGAGCAAGCCCCUAAACCUCGAUGUAACCCGGCUAACCUUCCAUAGCUCCUUUUUCGAAAUGACGUGCUUUGCGUUAUCGGUCAAUUAUGUGCGAAUGAUCGCAACGGUGAAUGUUGGGAGUGCGAAAUCGCGGGCUAGGAUGAACGGGUGGUUUGAAAAGUGGGAGAGCGAAAAGAAGAAGCGACAAAAGGAGGGAGUAGAUGCAGAGCGUAAUGGUAUUGUCGCCUAUCGUCACGAAGAGUAUUGGUAG